UAUCGUAGGCCGAUGAUAAAAAUAGGUGACGUCGAGUAGAAGAAAAGAGGUAAGAAGAGGGCAAUUCAGGAGUAAAUAUUCAAGACUAAGAAGAGAAAAGUUGGUAAGAGUAAAAAAGAAAAGAGGUAAAGAGGCGAGGAUAAAGUUGUCGAUGGGGAAGGAGCGCGACGGUUUGUUAAUCCAUCUCCCGAUUGGGUUGGUAGCCGAGGAUGACCGCGGUUCGAAAAAAGUGUCAGGCCGGACUUGCGCGCGAGCAAGGAAAGCCCGUGCUUUUGCGUGGCCGGGUCUUUCGAUGCAUCAGCAUGAGAGGGUCGAGACGAGCGCGCGUCGUUACCGAGUCAGUGGGUUAAGUUACGUUAGUCCGUCGCGGAGCAUCGAUCGGUGAAUUGGGUGGCACGCGUCGAUCGGUUUCGACGAAGAAAGAAUCGACAUCGUGAAGAAAAGGCAACCGAUGGUUCGCGAACCGAUCGCCUGACUAAUUGGAAUCGAAUUGCCAGUUUGUGGAUCGCUGUGCUCGAUUCGGAUUGCAAAUUUCUAACUGCCAAAUGAAGGCACGUAAGAGCCGGGAGAAAAGCAGGCAGGCAGGCAGGCAGGCAGGCAGGCAGGCAGGCAAGCAGGCCAGUCGAUACACACCGUGGAAAGAGAUCCGCCUUGAGACGAAGGGAUUUUACACAACGUGAGGGGGCAGGGGCCUCGGAACGAUCUCCCUCUAUUUAUCGCGCGUUCGUUGGGGGUGUGUGUCAGUGAUAACAGCUGCGAAAGAUGCAACGGCAAGAGGGCGAGCUUGAAGAACUCGGGGGCGUUUUAGGGGGUUCUACUGCCGGUGCCCUUGCCCUCGGCGGUCGGCACAAACCGGAGGAACUCGCCACCUUGGCGGCUAACACCAGGUUCUCCAGGAAGGAGAUACAGCUGAUAUAUCGAGGCUUCAAGCAGGAAUGUCCAACCGGUCUCGUCGACGAGGAAGCUUUCAAGCAGAUUUUUUCACAAUUCUUUCCGCAGGGAGAUGCUAGCCAGUACGCCCAUUAUGUCUUCAAUACCAUGAAGAGAAAACCGUCCGGAAAGAUCAGUUUCGAGGAAUUCUUGACGAUCUUGUCGAAGGUGUCCAGAGGCUCGGUGGAGGAGAAACUCCAGUGGGUGUUUGGACUUUACGAUCUAGACGGAGAUGGACUGAUCAGCAAAGAGGAAAUGCUGGACGUGGUUGGUUCCAUUUACGAGAUGUUGGGCCGUUACACGCAACCGCAAAUUGUCGAGCCGCAUUUGGCAGCCCGGGAACACGUCGAUCGUAUUUUUCACUUGAUAGAUGCGAACAAAGACGGCGUGGUCACGAUCGAGGAAUUGGUGCAAUGGUGUUCCAAGGACGAGCAACUCUUGAAGAGUCUCGACACCCUCGACACUGUCUUAUGAGAUCUUUCCUAAACUCCCGAUCUAACCAGACCUUCGAACGAGCUCCGCCUCUACAUAUUUCUCCGAAACGUGUUACAUUAUCGAUAUCUACUAUUUAAUAAUUAUCUCGUUAGAAAUCAUCUUUAACCAUUCUAAUAGAAACCCGCGAACAAACUAACCAGCCGGAGCUCGUCGAACGCUCUUUGUAAAUAUGUAUGUAUUUAUCCUACCUACCCAGUCUUUCGAGCGUGCUGUCCAGAACACGAUAAACAAAUUAUCAGUAUUAGUAAACCUAAAAUUAUUUAUGCUUAUCGCGCGACGUACUCGUGCAUUCGGAUUCUCUGUAAAUAACUGACAACAGGUAAAUUUUAACAACGAGCUGGCAACCCUAUCUAUCUACGUAUACAUAGAUACGUCUAUCGAUCCAUAUCUCGUCGAUCCUGCUAAUUUUUUUCUCCAAAAUAAUUUCAUCUCUGAUAUUUCAUUCGGAAACCGUGUCUCUAGAAAUCAAUUCUUCCACUCUAUAGCAACGACGAAUUUUUACAGAGGUUUUAACAGCCGGUAGAAUUAGUUCGAGCAAACACCAUAUCUACACACGUAUACAAACAUUUUUCUCCGAAAGCUUAAACUAUUAUACGUAUUAUACAUAUUGUCUACCGUUCGAAUCGAUUUCCUAACGUUCCGAUACAUUUCCGAAUCUUCUACAUAUACAUACAUACAUACAUGUAUGCACGUACGUAUAUUGCAUCUCUAAUUUACAAACGAUACAGAACAAACACUCGAACAGAGAAACAAAGAAAUCUUCCCGUUCUUCCCGUUUCAUCAUAUUUACGCCUCUAUUCUACACAUCUACUAUACGGAUAUGUAUCUGAUUAUGCACACAAGGUUUCUUUACUUCGAUACUUUUAAACUGUACUCUGUACGCAAACAAAAAAAACAAUUAAAUUCGAUCGAUUCGAACGGGUUGCAGAAAACUUUAAGGGUUCGCGUAUACCUGCUAAAUAAACUCUAAGAUUAACAAUAUCUAACAUCGUCCACGCACGAUGAACAAAUUAUAAUUAGUGACCCAAUAAUAUAUGUAUCAGUAUCGUAGUAUCCUCGACCAAAUAAGAGAAACGUGAUCUUUAAAGAUCAACGCCUCGUGUGAUUCUCUCGUACCUUACUAUUUACCGUUAUACUAUCGCGCAAAGGUUAUUCUUAACAAAACGAUUACUAUUAAAUUAAUCCCGUUGCCUGACAUCUACAAACUUGUUGUUAAGUAUUCACACUUAUACAUAUAGAAACUGUUAUCGUAUACUCAAGAUAUUUUAAAGCGAUAUUUUACGCGUACAAAUCUCAUUUGAAUUUCUUCGACUUGUGCACUUUACUGUAAAUCCUACAUACAGGGUAAGGCAUUUAAGACCUUUCGUCUGGAUAACUCGCUUAUUUAUUUACAACUUCCACCCUUCCUUUACCGCGAUCUAGAUAAGUACCUAAGUACGUGUUACAGUUUUAAAACUAUGAAUACCGACGAAUUUAACACAUUUUUCCCUCUAUCUACGUGUAUCGUGAUAUUUUUAUCAGUUCCGGCGACGGAUACGCUUCGAUUCUUAAGUAUGUGUGUGUGUUUUAGGAGAGUACCGCUCCAGUCAAACUUUAAGCAAAAUAAAACGACACUCUUUAACGAACAAAUUACGUAUGUAGGUAAGUAAGUAGGUAGGUACUUGUUAAUAAUGCAGUUCGAUAAUCUCUCAAACGUAAUAUAUCGUACAAUAUUUAUUACGAUGUGUUAUUAUUUAGUAGUAAGUCGUCCAUAUUAACAAUUUCACGGCCGCUGUCACGUAUAUGUGACUUUGAGAGAUCUUCGUGUAUCUCACUUUGAUUGAUCACUUUGGUGAUGGAGAACGGUUAAAGUGUUGAUUACAACUUUAUACAUAUUCUUUGAACAAACUUUUCUUUUCAUUUUUCGUUCAAAUCAGAGAGUAAGAUUCAGUCUCGGUAAAGUUUAAGGCCCCUUGUACGAGGAAAUUUCAUGUCACUGUAGAAAAACUCAUGUUGGGGAAUCACGAUAUUUAAAUGUUUGUUCGCUCGAGGAAUUUGCUUCCA